AGUGUCUCCGAGGGUCAGUCGCGAGUAGGUCGGUUACUGCAGUGAGGGGACUGCCCCUUUUAAGCCGUCAUCAUACGCGAUCUUGCGGUCUAAGCGUCGUCUUACCUGACAUUCGUCCUUGUUGUACCCCUGCAGAAACGCCAUCGUUAUAACAUAAUUAUCUUGAUCUAUAAAUAUUGGACAAACAUUUCAAAACAUCUGUAUAAAGCUGUACUAAGCCUAAAAUUAGUAUCUACUAAUUUUGCAAUAAAACAAUGACAUUGAUAAACACAAACAGAACAAAACAGACAACUACUACACAUAACAAGAAGAGAAUUAACUGGAAUAUGGAUCGUCAUGUCACGUGGUUAAGCUGCUUUGUUUUUCUAGCGGGACUAAUGUGCAGUGUAGCGGGGUUCGAUUCUCAUCUCCGCGGUCCGAGCUUCCUUCUGGAACCCCCACCCAGGCUGGAAUUCUCAAACUCCAGUGGCGGGUGGCUGGACUGUUCGGCGUCUGGAAGUCCACCUCCUUCGGUGGACUGGCUGUCGGUCGACGGGUCCUCGGUGGGGGAUGUUCACGGUGUCAGGCGUGUCCUAAGGAACGGGACCCUCGUCCUUCUGCCCUUCCCACCUGCGGCCUACCGCCAGGAUAUCCACAGCACCGUGUAUCGCUGUGUGGCGUCCAACGCCGUCGGCAGGAUCAUCAGCAGAGACGUCCAAGUGAGGGCAGUGGUGGCACAAGCGUACAAAGUCGAGGUUGAAGUUCUGGGUGCUUCUCGUGGAUGCACUGCAGUACUCCGCUGUGUCGUACCGAGUUUCGUCAAGGAAUUGAUCCGUGUGGUGUCCUGGGUCCAGGAACCUUCUUUUUACAUCUACCCAUCUCUACAAGGAGACGGAAAGUACCACUUACUACCGACAGGGGAGCUGUUGGUGCAUAACGUGGAGUUCAGUGAUCAGUUCCCGUCGUUCAGAUGUAGGACGAUGCAUCGCCUGUCGCGCCAGGUCGUGGUCAGUUCGCCAGCCAACGUGCGGAUAACAGAGCACCGCGGCAUCGUGUCCCCUGCAAUCGUGGAACACACCGGGACCGUCCACGUGGCUCAGGACGAAGGCGCCGUGCUGCUCUGCGUCUCUCAGGGCUGUCCAACCCCGGACUACAGGUGGUACAUGAUGCAGUCAGGAACGGAACCGGUGACAGUGUUACCAGGACCACGAAUUCGCCUCUUGGGCCCGAUUCUUGUUAUAGAAGCCGUGACGCCGGAAGACGGUGGGAUAUACCGCUGUUCCGCUAGCAACGCUGGUGGCGAAGCAAGUGCCGAGCUUAGGCUCGUCGUCGUGACGCCUCUGCACGUCGAGGUGACACCGCCGUUAUUGAGUGUCCACCUGGGGGGCAACGCCGAGUUCCGAUGCCUAGAGGCGUCCCAGCAACCACACCAGACAGUUACUUCCCUCCUCAUCACGUGGUUCAAAGACGGACGCCCGCUACCGGGACCAGCUAGAAGUAGCGGGGACAAGCUUGUGAUCCCCGGAGUAACCCGGGAGGACCGCGGCAUGUACCAGUGUGUGGUUCGGAGGGCAGAGGGGGAGACGGCACAGGCAGCAGCCGAACUGCAGCUCGGCGACGCCCCUCCAGUCCUGUUGUACAGCUUUAUCGAACAGACACUGCAGCCAGGGCCUGCAGUGUCCCUCAAGUGUAGUUCUGCAGGAAACCCCACACCGCAGAUCGCAUGGACUCUGGACGGCUUUCCACUUCCCGGUAACGGCAGGUUUGUGAUUGGGCAAUACGUGACAGUGCACGGAGACGUCAUUAGUCACGUGAACAUCAGUCGCGUGAUGGUCGAAGAUGGCGGCGAGUACACGUGUACAGCGGAGAACAGAGCAGGGCGCUCGGCGCACUCAGCUAGGCUCAAUGUGUACGGUCUACCAUACAUUAGACUAAUCCCUAAGGUAACCGCCGUAGCAGGGGAGGCUCUCCAUCUCAAAUGCCCUGUAGCGGGCUAUCCUAUUGAAGAGAUUCGAUGGGAAAGAAGUGGCCGUGAGUUGCCGGACGAUCUACGUCAAAAAGUGCAAAGUGAUGGAACGCUGGUGAUCACGCCAGUACAGAAAGCAACGGACGCAGGGGUAUACACCUGUUCAGCGAGGAACAAACAGGGCCACAGUGCGAGGCGCAGUGGAGAGGUCACUGUUAUUGUUCCUCCCAAACUUAGCCCAUUUACUUCAGACAUAACGCAGCAUGUUGGGGAGCGUGCAAGUUUGACAUGCUCAGUGACCAAGGGUGACCUGCCUUUGACCAUCACGUGGUUGAAGGAUGGGAGACCGCUGGACCCCUCCCAGAGGGUCUCGAUCACACAAGUGGAUCAGUUCAAUAGCAUUCUCUUGAUUGAAAGUUUAUCUCCAGAUCACAAUGGCAACUAUUCCUGUGUGGCACGCAAUUUGGCUGCUGAGGUAUCGCGCACGCAACAGCUCGUGGUCAAUGUUCCUCCUAUAAUUGAGCCUUUUUCCUUCCAAGACGGGCUUUCCGAGGGCAUGCGCACUCGCACGGUGUGUGGCGUGAGCCGAGGCGAUCCCCCGCUCGCCAUCACUUGGCUCAAAGAUGGCGGCACGAUUUCCUCUCACCUGGGAGUGAACGUGUCGGCUCUUGACCCUUAUUCUAGCCUCCUCAGCAUUUCUAGCCUUGCUUCCACCCACUCAGGAGAUUAUACGUGCGUAGCCUCCAACCCGGCUGCCGAGGUCAGGUACACGGCCAAGCUGCAGGUAAAAGUUCCACCCCGCUGGGUGGUGGAGCCUACCGAUGCCAGCAUCGAGAGGAACAAGCACGUAACUCUGCACUGCCAGGCACAGGGUGUUCCCCAACCGACUGUCACCUGGAAGAAGGCAACUGGAAGCAAAUCUGGGGAGUACGAAGAGCUGAGGGAACGAGUGUACACUAAACUGUUGAGCAAUGGCUCGUUGUUACUGCAGAAUGUGAAGGAGGAUCGAGAGGGCUUCUACUUGUGCCAAGCAAGCAAUGGAAUUGGAACUGGUAUAGGCAAGGUGGUGCAGGUCAAAGUUAAUUCAUCUCCCUAUUUCUCGGCCCCCUCUCGACUCGUGACCGUAAAGAAAGGAGACACUGCAACCCUGCAGUGUAAUGUGAACGGAGACAAACCAAUUAAUGUCGUGUGGAUGCAGGGAGGAAAGCUAGAACUCACUCCAGCAUCCAAUUACAGAGUCUCUCUGAAGCACGACUUAACACCAGAGGGUGUCAGUGCAGAGCUGCAGAUAGCAGCGACAGAGGCAGCAGACAGUGGCCCAUAUUUCUGCCAAGCAAGUAACUUGUACGGCCGAGACCAACAGCUCGUACAGCUACUUGUUCAAGAGCCUCCAAAAAGCCCCACCAACUUGGAAUCUGUGAUGAUCAGCAGUCGUUCUGUAAACAUGCAGUGGCAGCAGCAGUCGACCGAUUCGACGGAAGUGACCAAGUACCUAGUGCAGUAUCAGGAAAACCACGGAACGUGGCAGCAGAUUGAGCUUACAGGCUUACCACUACAGCACACUGCUGUAAUUGAAGACCUAAAGCCUGCGACGAAAUAUGUGUUCCGGGUGGUUGCUGAGGGACCAGCAGGGCUUAGUGGGCCAAGUCCAGAGUUGACUGUGAGAACCGAGCCACAGCGUCCAGCAGGACCGCCUAUCAAUAUGGCGGUAAGGCCUGUCUCAUCCACGGAACUCCUUAUCACGUGGUCUCCGCCACUGGCAGAGUUGCGACAUGGAGACAUUCAGGGCUACAAUGUUGGCUGCAGGGAAAUUAGUGCAAGUGCGCUGAGCUAUAAUUUCACCUCUGUGGGAGGAGAUGGAGAGGAAGGAGGGGGAGAGCUUCUUCUUGGUGGACUCAGCAAGUUCACACGUUACUUGGUGGUGGCCCAAGCAUUCAACCAGGUUGGACCUGGUCCUCUGUCUGAACCAAUAACAGCACAAACUAUGGAAGAUGUUCCCAGCGUGGCACCUAGUGACGUCCGUUGUGCUGGUCUGACGUCACAGUCCCUCCAGGUGAGCUGGCAGCCACCGCCUACGUCACAGUGCAAUGGCAUAUUGCAGGGGUACAAACUGUUCUAUGAACCAGUCUUGGAUGAUCACUGGCAAGGAGCUGACGAAACUGAGACCAGAAAGACGACAGCCCUGACAGCUGUGCUCACAGGUCUGCGCAAAUACACUAAUUACAGCGUGCAAGUUCUGGCCUUCACCAGGGUUGGUGAUGGCGUUACUGCCAAACCAAUCUUCUGCACCACUGAGGAAGAUGCGCCAGGUUCUCCCGCGGAUAUCAAGGUAGUUGUCGGCUCACCAGAGUCACUACUGGUAUCAUGGCUUCCGCCGACUGAGCCCAACGGUAUCAUCACCAAAUACAAUUUAUAUACCAGAAUGGUUGACGGACGGGAUGAACUGAACCAUGGGAAGCGGAACUUGCCAAGUCAGCACACCAGCUUUGAAGCAAAGGGCUUGCGCCAGCACGUGGAAUAUCAAUUCUGGGUCACAGCAUCCACCAGAGUGGGAGAAGGUCAAAGUUCUCGAGUUGUGGCUCAAGUUCCUACUAGCAGAGUGCCUGCACGCAUCUCUUCUUUUGGUGGCCCAGUCGUGCGUCCCUUCAGAAAUACAGCAUCAUUAGCAUGCCACGCUGUUGGUCAGCCCGCACCACGACGUGAAUGGCUCAGGGGUGACCAGACUCUGCGCGGAGGCACCAAUCAUAAUGUCCAGAUUAUGGACUCGGGAGAACUGUUGAUAUCCAACAUUCAGCAGAGUGAUUCAGGCAAUUACACUUGUCAAGUUGGCAACAGUCAUGGCUCUGAUCAUAUACAGUAUACACUCAUUGUGCAAGUUCGCCCUGCUUCCCCCACACUAUAUGUGACCAGCACAACAAGCAGUAGUAUCUUGCUGCACUGGAAGCCUGGAGACAACGGCGCUGCACCACUCAGUGGUUAUAUGCUCAACUAUCGUAGAGCACAUGGAGAUCUGGAAGAACUUACGCUACCUAGAAGAGCCACUAGCUAUGAACUUAAAGGUCUGUACUGUGGCAGCACCUAUCACCUGUUCUUGACAGCACAAAACAAAAUUGGAAGCUCAUCACCGAGCCCUACUUUAUCUGUUAAAACACAGGGCCGAGCUCCAGGAAUUCCUGAAUCUCAAACGCUACUCUCAACCAAUUCUACGUCGCUAUUACUUCGACUGCACGUGUGGCCAGAUAACGGAUGUCCUCUCACUUACUUUGUUCUGCAGUAUCGGCCAGUAAACGGUCAACAUUGGACACUUGUGUCCAAUGCCUUGAAGCCACAAAGGAGAUUCACCAUCUCAGGCCUAACUCCUGCAUCUGUCUACCAACUCAAGAUAGAAGCUCACAACAUUGCUGGCUCCUCCACGUCAGAGUUCACGUUCAUAACAUUGACAAAGGAAGGAGAUCCUCCGCCACCUGAGCUAGUGAAACGAGGCCAUAGCUCCCACCCCUUCUACUCUGACGUCAGGGUGAUGGUGCCCCUGAUCAUAGCCACAUUGGCUCUGCUUGGUGCAGGGGCCGCCGCCGGGCUGUGCUGGCGAAAUAAACAACCAAGAGUUUUGAAAGAGUCUCUGGACAAUCAGCAGAACGCCGAAGCUCAGCGGGAACGUUAUUAUGCUACCAUUCACAAAGUGGCACUUCAGGCUGGGGGCGACAAGAUACCAGAAACAUCGGAAGACAUUUCGCCAUAUGCGACAUUCCAGCUGUCGGGACCGGGAGCCGACCCAAACAACACCCUUCUUCACAGUUUCAUGUACCACGAGCAAGCCAUGACCGAAGGCUGUGCCUCACCUCCGCCCACAGGAGUCAUCAAAACAUCCCGGAGAAGAGGAAGCAGAAAGACUGACGUUGACACUGACGAUUCAGACUCUGAUCCUGAUCAGCUGACAUCAAGUCGCACCGAGUCCUCCAAUCAGCUAGAUGCAGGCAAAAUGAAACACAAUUUCAUCUAUCACGGUGCACAGUCAAGUACAUCUUCAGAUAUAUCGCCAAUGUCAGAACAGAAAUCACUCCCCAGGAGGGGCAGAUCAAGCAGUUGCAGGUGGCUAGUUCCAAGCCGAGCUGCACUUCGAACACUGCUGCCGCCACUGACAGUGGCAGAGACGACUUUCGGAGUCCGGCAACCACAGUCCGACGCUGGGGAAACGCCUGACCGACCGGAGCUUAGCGAGGCCGAAUGUGACAUCGAUACUUUGAAGAAACUUAAGCUUGGACUGCGAUCGUCCCUCUGGUCUCGACCCAGUACACAUAACAAUCAGUCUGAUUAUUCCAUAGCUGUUUAAUUAUGGACAGUGAAGUUUUUAUUGCUUGCAGACAUGGAUGUCACUCAGGAAAAUUAAAACUUUCGAUACAUUCUCAAACCAUAUGGAAGUAUUGAUCGUCCCUCCCGCUUUUUAUACUCUCUAAAUGCAUGAAUGAUUCUCUGGGAUGGUGCCAUGUACUAUAGUUUUUAGAGACUUUUAUACCCUUUGAAUUGUCACUGAAAGCUGACAUUUGGAUGAACAAAUAAAAGGAAGGUAAAAAUCUUUCUUUUUUACUUUCAAGCAUCAUAAGAUAUUCCAUUUAUACUAAUCUAAUGAUUCAGAAAAUAAAUUGCAUUAUUAUGUUUUUUAAUAUGGCUAUUCAUAUGCGACUAUGAAGACCUCCAGAAAAUUAUAUACAAACAUGAUUAUAGGUAUAAAGUCCUUAAAAUUUUGCUGGUAGGCUUAUUAAAGCAUUUAUGAAAUUUAUUGUUGAUUGUGGAUUGAGGAAGACCACAGAAAUACACAGUUUACCUCGUAUUUCCUUUACGGCACAACCAUAGUGCGUAUGUACAUGUUUCAGAUCCAAACAACUUCUCUGCCUUGAAUGUGAGUUAGAGUAAGGCAAAAGAUUUUAAUUUUAAUUAACUUCAUACUUGUUAUGUCUUGAGGGAGACUAAAGUAUGAAUUUACUUCACCUUUUCAUAUAUUUAAGAGUAAGUACAUUUCACACUUUCUUUUUUUAAGUUUGUUUGGCUUCCAAGUUAAAUCCAUGCCUGUCUGCAAAAUCUUCUCUGAUGUAAGGGCAUUAAUUUGCCAGAAGAAUCACUGGUCAUGGACAACAAAGUGUUCAACUCCAAGAUAUGGUAAUUAUUGGUCUACAGCAGAACACCAACCAUGAUGUAAUGUGUAAACUUGUGGACAUACGCCUCAGUUUAUGAGGAAGCAGUGAUAUAUUUUAAAUCCAUACACCAUUAAUACUGGAUGACUUCAAUCAAAUGACAUUAAAUUAAAUAUAUUGCAGUGUUUACAUAUAAAAAUCAAAAACUUACAGUCUCAAAAGUUCAUUGUCUUUUGUAUUCCUAGGGCUAGGAAACCCAUAUGAUAAUGCCAUUACAGAAUGGUGAAACAUGAUCUUAAUCAUCGCAGAACCUGUCUCUCUUACCAGGAUGUGCAUCAGUGCAUGUUACUUUAACAUCCCCAGUGUUUUCAUCCACAAAUUAUGUACCUGUUUUUAAAUACAGAUAUUAUUAAACACUACAAUUAUAAAGACUUGUUUUUUAUGUAUAUAUACCACAUGUUUUCAGAAUAAACUAUGUAAUUUUAUU